UGAAAUAAUACAUUUAAAAUACAAAAAUGCUCUAGGCAAUGUGCAAAACUAAAAAAGACGAGUUUGGUGAAUGAGCAUAGUGAGAGGCUAUGAAUAUGGACAUUUUGUGCUAAGGAGCCUAGAGGAGAUGCUUUUAUGCAUGGUGAUCCAGAAAUACAUACUUGUAGGAGACAGGGACAGGACACCAGGGAGAGAAUAUUCCCCUAAAACAAGCAGUUUCUCCAGCAGUGUUCCACACAGUUGAUCAAAGCUGCAUAAUUUAAAACAUCUAGAGGCAACUUUAAAUUAUUCACUAUAAUUUUUUUUAAGCCAUCUUGGCAUAUAGCAGGCAGCCUUUGUGUUACUAGGGGUUUCCUGCAAGAUCCGCAAACUUCUGCAUCCUCACGGAACGGGCAAGUUUUUCUGAGGGGCGCCCUGGCAAGGAGGGGAAGGGACUUCGCAUGGCAGGAGCCACAGAGGCUCCUUCUGUCCCUUAGUGCCAGGGACAUGAGGCCAAAGUGCCCGUCGUGGUUCCCGGGCUUUGGGAUGCCCUCAGAGCCCGAGGAGGGCUCCCAGCACCCAGCACCCAGGACCCAGCACCCAGCAUCCAGCCCCUCCUCUGCUCGCUGCCCGCUCCCAUUGGGAAGAGGUCUUCGCAGGCUGCUGUAGGGAUCCCGCCCCUUUUGUGGCUUUUCAUUCUGAAGCUCUCCACAACCUUACACCUGAACGGAUGCCAAGCCUCUCUGAAUAUAUAAGGGAAACGUCCAAGAGCGACUGCAGAGUUCCCGAGAAGCAGCAGCAGAGAAACCUUUCACCGGGCUCCCUCGGAGACCGCCCCAGCCAUGCUGCUCCCUGCCGUUCACUUCUCCGCCUUGCUCCUCGCUUGCAUCUUCGCCAAAAGCUUCUCGGCUUUCAAGAACGAUGCCACCGAGAUCCUUUACUCGCACGUCGUCAAACCCGCUCCGGCGAGCCCCGGCAGCAACAGCACGCUGAACCAGGCCCGGAACGGCGGCCGGCACUACGCGGGCACGGCGCCCGAGCGCGGCAAUCGGGUUCAAGUUGGCUGCCGGGAGCUGAGAUCCACCAAAUACAUUUCAGACGGCCAGUGCACCAGCAUCAACCCCCUGAAGGAGCUGGUGUGUGCUGGUGAAUGCCUCCCUUUGCCGCUGCUCCCUAACUGGAUUGGAGGAGGGUACGGAACCAAGUACUGGAGCAGGCGGAGCUCGCAGGAGUGGAGAUGCGUCAACGACAAAACUCGCACCCAGAGGAUCCAGCUGCAGUGCCAGGAUGGAAGUAUAAGAACCUACAAAAUAACUGUGGUCACGGCCUGCAAGUGCAAGCGCUACACCAGGCAGCACAAUGAGUCCAGCCACAACUUUGAGGGAACCUCUCAAGCAAAGCCCAUCCAGCAUCACAAAGAGAGAAAAAGAGCCAGUAAAUCCAGCAAACACAGUACAAGUUAGAAGUCAGACAUUCUCUCCUUUCUCAUCUCCUCCUCCUCCUGCCAAAACUGAGCUCACCUGUAACCAUUUGCUUUACAGUUCUGACUGCUUAAAGACAAGUCUGCCAUUGCUGUGCUCUCAGCUGACGCUGCACGCUUAUUGCUUUGACCAAAACCAAAAGGGGCAUUCUCAGCAUAUGGACGAUUUGGGUGAUUUUCCAAGUGCUCAAGAUGGGGAAUAAUACAAGCCUUCCAAACCCACACUUUAAACUUUGACAUUUUCUCCCGCCAUGGAGGCAUAGAAAAGUUGCCACACAUAUUCACUGAAGUCUAUUUUGUAAAAAGAUGCUUUGUUGUGUGUUUUCGUGAGAACAGUUAAUUAUCACGUCUGUUGCCUUCUCUAUCAUGUUUUAUGAACUUCUGACAACAGCUUAAAAUACAACACCUAGUAUCUGCUUUCAGAUUCAUUCUAAAAAAAAUGCCUUGCAUGCUCAUCUUUCUUUUAUCUCAGUAUACCAAAAAUUAAAAUAUGCAUGGCAGCAAUCAAAAAGUAAAGCUGAACAAACUAUUUAUUUGUUGUUGUAAUUAUUUAAUGAGCUUUUAUGUGUGUUAUUUCCUUCCAAAAUGUUCCUAUGUUUAUAGCUUUUCUCAUGUAUCAAAGUAUUUUCCUAUGAUUUGUGGCUGGAUUAGAACAUACAUUUUGUAGAUAAUGUAAAAUAGACGUUUUAGCAUUCUUGGUUUAUAUAUUUUCAUUUUGAACAUUCAUAGACUUAGAUUUAUUUUGAAGUAGCAAAUUAAAAAUUGUUGUUUUUUUUUUCAUUCUCCACUCUGUA